UGUGAUUAACAUUUCUGGAUUUGCGCCCUAUGCAGUCGGUCUGUCAAGUUCUCUCAAGGGAAUGUGCCACAGGGAAGGCUACGAACGAAGUUAGCGCGCAGGUCAAGUCCAAUAUAAAGCAGUGAAUGGUCCCCGGGUGCGCAAGGUGAACAUGAUGCCUACCACCGCUGUGGGGAAGAAGCUGGAUCUCUCCACACUGACAGAGGAGGAGGCCCAGCACGUGUUUCAAGUCGUCCAGAGAGACUUUGACUUGAGGAAGAAAGAGGAGGACAGACUGGGGGAGCUAAAGACUCAGCUAGAGAAGGAGGACACCAAGAGAGAGCUGCUGGGCACUGGGACCAGCCUGACAGAGUCCCACUGCAUCCGCUGCUUGCAGCCCUUCAAGUUCCUUGUCAACAGCAAGCGCCAGUGUCUGGACUGCCAGCUGUACGCCUGCAAGGCCUGCAGCCGCUACAACAAGAAAGAGCGCGGAUGGGUAUGCGACCCCUGCCACAUGUCCAGGGUCCUCAAGAUUGGCACUUUGGAGUGGUACCAUGAGAAUGUACGCUCCCGUUUCAAGCGCUUUGGCAGUGCCAAGGUGAUGCGCUCGCUCUACAAGAGGUUGAGUGGCGAUCUCAGCGCCUCCCAGAGUGACCUGAGAGAGCCUCGUGAAGAUGACACACACAGCAUGCCCGAAAGCCACAAUCUCUAUGAUGAGAACAACAUGGACACCGUGGCAGAUGGACGACACUACAGAAUGAUGAAAACGACCAAGCGACUGCUCACUGUGCACCCCGUCGACUUCGGUCUGGACCUUAACUACUCCACCCACUCUCUGUCUCGACAAGAAUCCUGUCAGAGUCCACAGAGCAGUCUGGAGGGCGGCACACGGGAGUCCCUGACAGCCGAGGCCGACAUGGCCUGCAUGUUCCAGCAGAUCCUGGAGGAGCAGGGUGGGAGACACUCCGAGUUCAACACGGAGGUCCUCCACAGCCGUCGGAUGAGUCUGCUGGACAAGCCGGCCCGCUUCGGCCCCCCCGUCUAUGAACUCUCUAUCCGGACAGACGAGGUGCCGUACCCAGAGAACUGGAUGAUGCGGGCACGAUCCUUGUCCAGGAUGAGCCAGUCUUCGUGUGGCAGUGCCAACAACGGGCACCUUCGCAGCAGCGGACAACUGUAUGGCCUGGAGGACUCGGAGGAAGAGGAAGAGUACCAGCGCCAGUACCAGCUUCUGGCGUCGCGCCGACGUAGUCACAGCCACUUCUCCUCACAGGAAAGCCUCAACCACGGGGCACCGCCACAGAUAACUGAGCUGAACAGACGCAUGUCGGUCAUUGAGAAACUACUGAACCGUCUGGAACAGAAAGUGACAUCCCCCUAUGACCAGGGCCAGUCUUGUACUUCUCCCCUGCCCCAGUGGGAGGAGGUGGACCUGGAGGAACUGCAGCUGAGGCAGAAGCUGGACCAGCUGACGGGCAACAUCAGUGACAAGGGUCUGUCCUCGGAGGAGGAUGAACCCAAGAGUCCCCCAUCCCCUAAGGAGAGCCCAGGGUGGGGGAGGCGCCUUAGGGGGGACGUGAGCCCAUCCGGGUCCCUCUCCAGACCCUCCUCCAGACCGGGCAUCAUGAUCAGCCCACCCAUCGAUGAACUGCAGGAGCCCUCUGAAGGACAGGCCUAUUUUUCAACAGGACAUUCCAGGAGCCUCCGUGAGGGCAGUUCUCUGCCCCGCUACCGUCCCACCACCACCACAGAGCUGUUUGAGCUGGAAGGCAAGGUGGCGAUGGCCGCUGCCACAGUACAGAGCACAGUGAGCGAGGUGACAGACAUCGAGAACAAGAUCGCUGCCCUGAGUGCUGCUGGGAUGUCUGUGGAUAUGACCAGGAGAAAGUCAACAGUCCCUCCCCAAAGAAGGAGAAGUGCCUAUGACCUUCCAACAAGUGAAGAGGAAGAGUUUCAGAGGAAGUCAGUCAACAAUGGCUCCCUGACACAGUGGGAAGGCCUCAGCUCCAGGGCACCACAUCCUGUGGGGUACGACCCAGUCUCAGGAUGGCUGGUGAUUGGUUCACCAGUGGUUGGUUACACUGGGCUUAUACAGGCUGGGUUGGCUUGCCUGUUGUUGGUUUGUGGUUGCUCUCAGUGCUUAAUUUGUGCCGGAUCCAGCACCUCUGUUUCUGACUGUAUAUUGUUUCAGAUUCCAUUUGCCAGGAUGUGGUACAGUACCUUUCAUGGCAUGAAAAACAAUCAGUUUUCAAUGUAAAAAUUAUAUUAAAAGCUAUUAAAGUUAAUUCAAGUUGACUCCUCUGUAAUUCUCCUGUCCCCUAAAAAACGUAAUGUAAAAACGCGCCUGAUAUACAAAGAAUUGAUUUGUGUUGGACCGGCCCGGGUUUAGCCUAUGGUUUGCGUAACAUUGUGGCCAAUAUAGACCAACGCGUGGCCAUUGCUGUGGUGAGAGAAGCGUGUCUGUGUCUCUCACAGAACUGAAAUGAGAUUCACUUUCUAUAAUCCAUCUCCCUCUCUCUGCUCUGAUAGACAUGAGCCUGCAACUCUCAUCUCUCCAGUGUUGCACUUCAUUUAUUUCUUUAUAGAAUAAAAUCCAUGGAAGGGUGCUGGAGGUGCCGCAGCACACAUGAUAAAUUGAAAUACAAUUGAAUUAAUGCUGUCUGUUCAGAAAGAAAUGAAAUAAUAUUGAAUACUACACCAGGAGUAGACCUAUAAUUUAGCCACAGCUGCGCUGUGGAUUGUGUGUAGGCCAAUCUCUAAGCAUGCCUAUAGUGGGGAAUGCUCAGCAGAAUUGUCAGUGAACAGCUUUUUAUUUUAUUUUAAAUGCCUAGCUGUGGAUUAUGUGUAGGCCAAUCUCUAGGCAUGCCUACAGUGGGGAAAGCUCAGCAGAAUUGUCAGUGAACAGCUUUUUAUUUUAUUUUAAAUGCCUAGCUGUGGAUUAUGUGUAGGCCAAUCUCUAGGCAUGCCUACAGUGGGGAAUGCUCAGCAGAAUUGUCAGUGAACAGCUUUUUAUUUUAUUUUCAAUGCCUAGCUGUGGAUUAUGUGUAGGCCAAUCUCUAGGCAUGCCUACAGUGGGGAAUGCUCAGCAGAAUUGUCAGUGAACAGCUUUUUAUUUUAUUUUAAAUUCCUAGCUGUGGAUUAUGUGUAGGCCAAUCUCUAGGCAUGCCUACAGUGGGGAGUGCUCAGCAGAAUUGUCAGUGAACAGCUUUUUAUUUUAUUUUAAAUGCCUAGCUGUGGAUUAUGUGUAGGCCAAUCUCUAGGCAUGCCUACAGUGGGGAAUGCUCAGCAGAAUUGUCAGUGAACAGCUUUUUAUUUUAAUUUAAAUGCCUAGCUGUGGAUUAUGUGUAGGCCAAUCUCUAGGCAUGCCUACAGUGGGGAAUGCUCAGCAGAAUUGUCAGUGAACAGCUUUUUAUUUUAUUUUAAAUGCCUAGCUGUGGAUUAUGUGUAGGCCAAUCUCUAGGCAUGCCUACAGUGGGGAAUGCUCAGCAGAAUUGUCAGUGAACAGCUUUUUAUUUUAUUUUAAAUGCCUAGCUGUGGAUUAUGUGUAGGCCAAUCUCUAGGCAUGCCUACAGUGGGGAAUGCUCAGCAGAAUUGUCAGUGAACAGCUUUUUAUUUUAUUUUAAAUGCCUAGCUGUGGAUUAUGUGUAGGCCAAUCUCUAGGCAUGCCUACAGUGUGGAAUGCUCAGCAGAAUUGUCAGUGAACAGCUUUUUAUUUUAUUUUAAAUGCCUAGCUGUGGAUUAUGUGUAGGCCAAUCUCUAGGCAUGCCUACAGUGGGGAAUGCUCAGCAGAAUUGUCAGUGAACAGCUUUUUAUUUUAUUUUAAAUGCCUAGUUGUGGAUUAUGUGUAGCCCAAUCUCUAGGCAUGCCUACAGUGGGGAAUGCUCAGCAGAAUUGUCAGUGAACAGCUUUUUAUUUUAUUUUAAAUGCCUAGCUGUGGAUUAUGUGUAGGCCAAUCUCUAGGCAUGCCUACAGUGGGGAAUGCUCAGCAGAAUUGUCAGUGAACAGCUUUUUAUUUUAUUUUAAAUUCCUAGCUGUGGAUUAUGUGUAGGCCAAUCUCUAGGCAUGCCUACAGUGGGGAAUGCUCAGCAGAAUUGUCAGUGAACAGCUUUUUAUUUUAUUUUAAAUGCCUAGCUGUGGAUUAUGUGUAGGCCAAUCUCUAGGCAUGCCUAUAGUGGGGAAUGCUCAGCAGAAUUGUCAGUGAACAGCUUUUUAUUUUAUUUUAAAUGCCUAGCUGUGGAUUAUGUGUAGGCCAAUCUCUAGGCAUGCCUACAGUGGGGAAUGCUCAGCAGAAUUGUCAGUGAACAGCUUUUUAUUUUAUUUUAAAUGCCUAGCUGUGGAUUAUGUGUAUGCCAAUCUCUAGGCAUGCCUACAGUGGGGAAUGUGUGGCAGAAUUGUCAGUGAACAGCAUGCAGCCAAAACAGGCCUUUCGCAAUAGUUCAAAUACAAUUGCGGGAAAACAGGUUGGAAAACAAAUGGACCCUGCUGAAAAGAGAAGACUAAUCUGUCUGUAGACUACCAAAUGAUCACCUUCCAACUCGGCAUAUUGUGCGGACAACAUUGUUUUACAAAGUAAAACGAGAGAUAAGCUUUGGGCAGGAGCGCGUCAGCCAUCAGCGUUGAGUGAGCUGUGCAUCAUUGGGUGAGUCAGUGAAAUGGAAAAGCUUUUUUAGGACUAUAAUUUCCUCCUUAUAUUGUAGCCUACAAUAUGUGUCUCCACCACACACCUAGGUCUAGGCUAUUGAUGGACUCAAGACAAGGUUGUUUUUAUUGAUCUCAGAUUCUCAGUAUGUCAGUGUCAAAGUAGCAUGACAUAUUGAUCAUUUGUGAGGUAUUAAAUAAUAUUGUGCUAAAGUCUCCAGUCAUCUAAAAUGAUGUAGAAUUGCAUGAAAUGUGUUUAUAAAAGGCCACAUUUUUCCCGGACUCUAGGUUACCAAAAUGUUGCCCAAUGUGUACAACUUUUGCAAGCCCUCUACUCUACAGCUCUAUGCCAAAUUAAGCACUGGUUGCUCUGUGUGGUGUUUCUCUUGUUGGCAUACUCCUUCAUACUCUCUGGGUUUAUUCCACAUGUGGUUGGUUUUGGUUAAUCUGUGUGUUGAUUGGGUUUCUGUUGUUUGGGUACAUUGGGUAAUUAAUUCAUUACCGGAGCUCAUAAAAUGGUGUGGAUCUAAGAAUCAAAACAUUGUUUCUCUUGUUUUGGGCUCCAAAUGGAAGGCUGCAGAGGUAUAAUCAUGCUCUUAUUUCUACAUUGCAUAGUCAUUAGAACAGGGUGUUGAGGCUUGGAAGCAUUCUAGCUGAACCUUUGUUCACUUUUUUUCAUCGUCAGUUGCCUGUGUAGUCUCUAAACACUGUGAUGCACUCAACGACGUUCUCUAUCCCAUAGAUACUCCCAUAGAGAAAUCGACCUUGAUUGUUUUGCACUGCCGCCAUUUCAGUGACACAUGCUUUGAACGCUGAUAAGAGGAAUAUGAUGAGAGACAGAGAAUAGGGAGGGAUGAGGAAAGAGGCGAGCAAGAGAAAGUUGUUUGUGGUGCUGUUCAAUGCCAAAAUGUAUUUCUUAUUUGUGUUGAUUUCAAACGUGGUUACACCCCUAGUUCGGUUUAAGAGGGUUCUUAGUGGAGGUUUACUUAAUGCUUUGAGUUUCCAGACUUCUACAAAAGUUUUAUGAGAGCGCUGUAUGAGUGUGGGAGGAAUACUGCACACACACAACACUUUCUCAUCAGCCCCUUAGGUAUAGUUAGUUAUUCAGCCUAUUUUAGUAGGCCCUAAAUUAUAUUAGUUAUAAUCAUCGGUAUGAUUUACAAUUUGUGGUCCCAGCCUUUUCUUUUCAGCUGACCUAACAACUAAGCAUCAAAGGUAUUUAUGUGACACAUUUUUAACUAUUCUUGUGUCCCAAUGUCCCAGUUUUAUAAGUCAGUCAUGUUUGGGAUAAUCAUCCAAUCACUCUCAAAUGGAAUCAAAGCAUUCUCUCCCUCUCCUCCCCAUUUCUCUCUCUCUCUCUCUCGCUCUCUCUCUCCUUCUC